AGUGUGAGGGUAGACUGAGAGAGAGAUCGGCGGUGUGUGUAACAUUACACUCACACACACUCACUCACACCGCUACACACACAGUGUGAAGUUUACCGGCGGGAUCAGCAGCAGCAGCAGGAGGAACAAUGCGGGCUGUGCUGGGUGUGUUGGCGUGCUCUUUGACUGUCCUCUCUGUCCACGGGCUCUACUCUGCCAGUGAUGAUGUGAUCGAGCUAAAUCCUUCAAACUUCAACAGAGAAGUUCUGCAGAGUGACAGUCUGUGGCUGGUGGAGUUUUAUGCCCCAUGGUGUGGGCACUGCCAGAGUCUGGUCCCAGAGUGGAAGAAAGCAGCUUCAGCGUUGAAGGGAGUUGUUAAGAUUGGAGCUGUUGAUGCAGAUCAGCAUAACUCACUGGGAGGCCAGUAUGGAGUCCGUGGCUUCCCAACCAUCAAAAUCUUUGGGGCCAACAAGAAUAAGCCAGAGGAAUACCAAGGUGGUCGCAGUAGUCAGGCUAUUGUGGACACAGCUCUGAAUGCUCUGCGUUCCAUAGUCAAAGACAGGCUGAGUGGAAAGACUGGAGGCUCUGACUACAGCAGACAGAGUUCUGGUGGUGGCGGAGGCAGCAGUGGUGGCAGUAAACAAGACGUGAUUGAACUGACUGAUGAUAACUUUGAUGAGAAGGUGUUUGGAAGCGAUGAUGUUUGGAUGGUGGAGUUCUUUGCUCCAUGGUGUGGACACUGCAAGAACCUUGAGCCUGAAUGGGCAGCUGCUGCUUCUCAGGUGAAGGAGCAGACCAAUGGCAGAGUGAAGCUGGGAGCUGUAGAUGCUACCGUCCACCAGGGCUUGGCCAGCCGCUAUGGGAUUCGAGGAUUCCCUACCAUUAAAGUCUUCCGUAAAGGAGAGGAGCCAGAGGACUACCAAGGUGGACGCACUCGCUCAGACAUUAUUGCCCGUGCCCUGGACCUUUACUCAGACAAUGCUCCUCCCCCGGAAAUGCUGGAGAUUCUGAAUGAAGACAUUUUGAAAAAGACUUGUGACGACCAUCAGCUUUGUGUGAUAGCUGUGCUGCCUCAUAUUCUAGACACAGGUGCAGCUGGCAGAAAUGGUUACCUGGAAGUGAUGAUGAAGAUGGCUGAGAAAUACAAGAAGAAGAUGUGGGGAUGGCUGUGGACUGAAGCUGGAGCGCAGAUGGAUCUGGAGGCUUCCCUGGGGAUCGGUGGUUUCGGCUAUCCUGCCAUGGCGGCUAUCAAUGCUCGCAAGAUGAAGUUUGCUUUACUGAAAGGCUCGUUCAGUGAGACUGGAAUCCAUGAGUUCCUGAGGGAUCUCUCUGUUGGACGAGGCUCAACUGCCACAGUAGGAGGCGGGGCUUUGCCAAAGAUCAACUCUGUUGAAGCCUGGGAUGGGAAGGAUGGAGUUCUGCCUGUGGAGGACGAUAUUGACCUGAGUGAUGUGGAUCUGGAUGAUCUGGACAAGGAUGAAUUAUAGAGUUCACUGACUGGGAAGGAUGGUCUCAUUUGGUGUCAGCACCACACAGACUCAGCCCAUGACUCACUUCUCCUCUCCUGUGGAUGAGGGGAUAACUUGAACAAUAAGUUACUGUACACUCUUUAAACGAAGAUUUGUGUUGCUUUUAACUUCUUCUCUCUGGUAAUCUGAAGUGUGGCGGGAUCAGGGAUUAAAUCGUAUUGUUAAACUCUCUGUCACAGGUCUGCUUUUCAUGUGAUUGGUUGGCUGAUUGAAUCUCCCUGGAAGAAAGGAAAGCAGGAUUGUUAUGUCACUUUUUUUUGUCCUGUUGUUCCACAUCCAAAACAUAAAGCUCCAAAAUGAGGUUGAUUUUCCUCAGUUCUGAAAAAAAAAAUCCCACUCAGAUCAGUACCCUCACCCAGUGUUUUGUUCAUUUUUGUUCCACUUAUGGCAGUUUUUUUCUGCAAAUACUAACUAAAGCGGAAGAGGAAGCUAGGCUGCCAGAUAUAUGCUGUAAUGGUUUAUAUCCUUUGUCCUUAACUUAGCCUACUGCCAUGUAAGGGGAUUGUCUUUAAAGCAGAGUUUUGCAGACAGUCCUAUUCAUUUUCAUUCUCCAUAUGAGUGUGGCAAAUAUAUUUGAAAAGGAAAUCGGUGACUUGGCAUGCCAGCUUUUCAUUGUGUUUGUGCUGGACAGGAAAUGCCGUGGGAAUUGUGUAGAUUUUUCUUACACAACUUUGUUUUGACAUGUUUUUGUUAUGAAAAUUAAAAAAGGAGGAGUCCAAAUGAA